GCGGGGCGGCGCAGGGGCCCGGCUGCUGCUGCGGCGCGGGCCGCCAUGCGAUCAGGCAGUGCGCUGACCGGCCCGGCCGGCCGGCCCCUUCUGGGUCCUCCCGGUGCAGCCCGUGCGGGGCCGUCUCGGAGACCCCGCGCCGACGGCUGCUCAAACAUCAGGCUGGCCCCCGAAAGGACGCUCCCCAAGUCCCCAGCUGGGGGCCCCGCGUAGACUUGGAGAGGACACCCCCUCCUUCCCUUCAUGAUUCGUUGGUAGCGCAGUGGCGAUGGAUGAUGAGGACGGGAGAUGCUUACUAGACGUGAUCUGUGACCCUCAGGCCCUCAACGAUUUCCUGCAUGGAUCCGAGAAGCUCGACAGUGACGACCUCCUGGAUAACCCUGGGGAGCCCCAAAGCGCCUUCUACGAAGGUCCCGGGCUCCAUGUGCAAGAAGCUUCCGGCAACCACUUGAACCCGGAGCCCAGCCAGCCGGCCCCCAGCGUGGACCUUGACUUCCUGGAAGAUGACAUCCUGGGCUCACCCUCGGCAGGGGGUGGCGGCGGGAGUGGCGGGGGUGCCGACCAGCCCUGCGACAUCCUCCAGCAGAGCCUCCAAGAGGCCAACAUCACCGAGCAGACGCUCGAGGCCGAGGCUGAGCUGGACCUGGGUCCCUUCCAGCUGCCCACCCUGCAGCCCGUGGAUGGUGGGGCAGGCCCGACGGGCGCCGGAGCGGCGGCCACUGUGGCCACGGGGCCCCAGGCCCUCUUCCCCGGCGGUGCCGACUUGCUGGGGCUGCAGGCUCCACCCACAGUGCUGACCCACCAGGCCCUGGUGCCACCCCAGGAUGUCGUCAGCAAGGCCCUGAGCGUCCAGCCCUUCCUGCAGCCUGUGGGCCUGGGCAAUGUGACCCUGCAGCCCAUCCCAGGCCUCCAGGGCCUGCCCAAUGGCAGCCCUGGGGGCGCCACGGCGGCCACGCUCGGCCUGGCGCCCAUCCAGGUGGUGGGCCAGCCCGUCAUGGCACUCAACCCGCCCACCUCCCAGCUCUUGGCCAAGCAGGUGCCUGUCAGCGGCUACCUGGCCUCAGCGGCUGGCCCUUCAGAGCCGGUGACCCUGGCGUCGGCUGGCGUCUCGCCCCAGGGGACUGGCCUGGUGAUCCAGAAGAACCUGCCUGCCGCUGUGGCCACCACGCUCAACGGGAACUCGGUGUUUGGAGGGGCAGGGGCCGCCACAGCAGCGGCCAGCGGGGCGCCCUCGGGGCAGCCGCUGGCGGUGGCCCCGGGCCUGGGCCCGUCGCCGCUGGUUCCCGCGCCCAACGUCAUCCUGCACCGCACGCCCACGCCCAUCCAGCCCAAGCCCGCCGGGGUGCUGCCACCCAAGCUCUACCAGCUGACGCCCAAGCCCUUCGCCCCCACGGGCGCCACGCUCACCAUCCAGGGCGAGGCGGGGGCCCUUCCGCAGCAGCCCAAGGGCCCCCAGAACCUGACUUUCAUGGCGGCGGGCAAGGCGGGCCAGAACGUGGUGCUGUCGGGCUUCCCGGCACCCGCCCUGCCGGCCAACAUGUUCAAACAGCCUCCGGUCACCACAGCGGGCGCGACCCCACCCCAGCCCCCCGGGGCCCUGAGCAAGCCCAUGAGCGUCCACCUCCUGAACCAGGGCAGCAGCAUCGUCAUCCCUGCCCAGCACAUGUUGCCCGGCCAGAACCAGUUCCUGCUGCCCGGUGCGUCGGCCGUCCAGCUCCCCCAGCCUCUGUCAGCCCUGCCGGCCAACGUGGGCGGGCAGAUCCUGGCCGCGGCGGCCCCCCACGCGGGCGGACAGCUCAUCGCCAACCCCAUCCUCACCAACCAGAACCUGGCGGGCCCGCUGAGCCUGGGCCCUGUGCUGGCCCCCCACUCCGGGGCCCACAGUGCCGCCCACAUCCUCUCGGCCGCCCCCAUCCAGGUGGGCCAGCCCGCCCUCUUCCAGAUGCCCGUGUCCUUGGCCGCCGGCAGCCUUCCCACGCAGAGCCAGCCGGCCCCUGCCGGCCCCGCCGCCACCACCGUCCUGCAGGGCGUCACCCUGCCGCCCAGCGCCGUGGCCAUGCUCAACGCCCCCGAGGGGCUGGUGCAGCCGGCGGCUCCUGCAGGGGAGGCCACCCCCGUCCUCGCGGUGCAGACGGCGCCCCAGGCGCCCCCCACGGUCAGCACGCCGCUGCCGCUGGGCCUCCAGCAGCCCCCAGCACAGCAGCAGGCCCCGACCCCCCAGGCCGCCGCCGUGCCUCAGGCCACGACCCCCCAGCCCAGCCCAGGCCUGGCAUCCAGCCCGGAGAAGAUCAUCCUGGGGCAGCCACCCCCAGCCACCGCCACGGCCAUCCUCACUCAGGACUCCAUGCAGAUGUUCCUGCCCCAGGAGAGGAGCCAGCAGCCCCUCUCCGCGGAGGGCCCCCACCUCUCCGUGCCCGCCUCGGUCAUAGUCAGCGCCCCGCCUCCUGCCCAAGACCCAGCCCCGGCCACCCCCGUCGCCAAAGGAGCUGGCCUCGGCCCUCAGGCCCCUGACAGCCAGGCUUCCCCGGCUCCGGCCCCCCAGAUCCCGGCAGCGGCUCCGCUGAAGGGCCCCGGCCCCUCCUCAUCCCCGUCACUACCUCACCAGGCCCCCCCAGGCGACAGCCCCCACCUGCCCUCCCCGCACCCCACCCGGCCCCCUUCCCGACCCCCGUCCCGACCCCACUCCCGCCCACCCUCCCAGCCACAGAGCUUGUCCCGCCCGCCCUCGGAGCCCACCCUGCACCCCUGCCCCCCGCCCCAGGCCCCCCCCACUCUACCUGGCAUCUUUGUCAUCCAGAACCAGCUGGGCGUCCCCCCACCUGCCAGCACCCCGGCCCCCAUGGCCCCAGGCCCGCCCCAGCCCCCUCUGCGCCCCCAGGCCCAGCCCCCCGAAGGGCCGCUGCCCCCCGCUCCCCACCUCCCUGCGGCCCCCACCAUCGCGGCCUCAGAGACUCCCACCAGGUUGCCAGCCCCCGCGCCGCCCGACUUCCAGCUGCAGUUCCCGCCCGGCCAGGGGCCCCACAAGCUCCCCACCCCACCACCGACCCUCCACCUGGUCCCCGAGCCCGCAGCGCCCCCCCCACCGCCUCCUCGGACCUUCCAGAUGGUGACCGCCCCCUUCCCGGCGCUGCCCCAGCCGAAGGCUCUUCUCGAGAGAUUCCACCAGGUGCCAUCCGGAAUUGUUCUCCAGAGCAAGGCCGGGGGUCCCCCUGCUGUCCCGCAGACCUCCGCCAGCCUGGUGCCCCUCGCCAGCCCCACCGCCUCAGUGCUGGUCAGCGGGCAGGCCCCUGCUGGGACCCCAACCACCCCUGGCCACCCCCCGGCCCCAGCACCCAUGGCCACUGCAGGCCUCCCUCCUCUGCUUCCUGCCGAGGGCAAAGCCUUUGCCAGCAACCUCCCCGCCCUGAGCGUGGCCAAGGCCGCUCCGUCCGGGCCCAGCAAGUCCUCUGGGCUGCAGUAUGAGAGCAAGCUGAGCGGCCUGAAGAAGCCGCCCCCGCUGCAGCCCAGCAAGGAAGCCUGUUUCCUGGAGCAUUUGCACAAACAUCAGGGCUCGGUGCUGCACCCUGACUACAAGACAGCCUUCCCCUCCUUCGAGGAUGCCCUGCAUCGCCUCCUGCCCUACCACGUCUACCAGGGCGCCCUCCCCUCCCCCACCGACUACCACAAAGUGGACGAGGAGUUCGAGACGGUCUCCACGCAGCUGCUGAAGCGCACCCAGGCCAUGCUUAACAAGUACCGCCUCCUGCUCCUGGAGGAGUCCCGGAGGGUGAGCCCCUCGGCGGAGAUGGUGAUGAUCGACCGGAUGUUCAUUCAGGAGGAGAAGACCACGCUGGCCUUGGAUAAGCAGCUGGCCAAGGAGAAGCCCGACGAGUACGUGUCUUCCUCCCGCGCGCUCAGCCUCCCCGUCGCGGCCUCUUCCGAGGGUCACCGGCUUCCCGGCCACGGCCCGCCCUCGUCCUCGGCGUCCGGGGCCGCAGCCCAGCCCCCUGCGCACCUGCCCACCAAGCUCGUGAUCCGGCACGGCGGCGCGGGCGGCUCCCCCUCGGUGACCUGGGCCCGGGCCUCCUCGUCCCUGUCCUCCUCCUCGUCCUCCGCCGCCUCGUCCCUGGACGCGGACGAGGACGGCCCGAUGCCCUCCCGGAACCGGCCGCCCAUCAAGACCUACGAGGCCCGCAGCCGCAUCGGCCUCAAGCUCAAGAUCAAGCAGGAGGCCGGGCUCAGCAAGGUCGUGCACAACACGGCCCUGGACCCCGUGCACCAGCCCCCGCCCCCCGCCGCGCCGCAGGCCGCCGACCCCCCGCCGCGGCCGCCGCCCCCCGCCGCCGGCCAGAUGAACGGCACCGUGGACCACCCGCCGCCCGCCACCGCCGCUGCCCGCAAGCCUCCCGCGCCGCCGCCGCACUGCCCGCGCCUGCCGCUGCGCAAGACCUACCGCGAGAACGUGGAGGCCCUGGGCGGCGGGGGCGCGGGGGGCGCGGGGGCCGGCAGGGCGCGGGGCGGCAGCCCGGCGCCCCCGCCCACCAAAGUGGACGAGGCCACCAGCGGGCUCAUCCGCGAGCUGGCGGCCGUGGAGGACGAGCUGUACCAGCGCAUGCUCAAGGGCGCCCCGGCCCAGCCCGCCGCCAGCGCCGGGCCCGGCGGCGGGGAGCCCGGCUGGGAGGGCGGCCCGUCCCCCGCCAAGCGGCGCAAGUCCGACUCGCCCGACGUGGACCAGGCCAGCUUCUCCAGCGACAGCCCGCAGGACGACACCCUCACGGAGCACCUGCAGAGCGCCAUCGACAGCAUCCUCAACCUCCAGCAGGCCCCCGGGCGGCCGCCCGCGCCCCCGUACCCCCACGCCGCGGCCGCAGCGCCCGCCGCCUCCCCCCUGCACAGGCCCGACGCCUACCCGCCCUCCAGCCACAACGGCGGCCUCGGCCCCAGGACGUUGAACAGAUAACACCGGCCUGCGCCUCCCUUCCCCGCCCCCCGGCUCCCCACGGAAGCCCGACCUCAGCCCCCCUGGGGGACACGAGCCGGGGGUCCCCCAACAGUCGAUCUUGCCUAAGUUAUUUUGAGUCACAGAGGCCUCCUGCCCCGCCGGUGUGUGCGUUGGGGACGGGCGGCCCGCAAAAGGAGGGGGUGACCCCGGUGUGUCGUCUUCUGUCUCUUCCCACGUUCUGCCACAUCCGCCCCUCCGUUUGGGGGACACACGCGUGUGUUUACCAGGCCUUGGGGGCUACCCGGGGUGCUCCCACCGCGUCCAUGUGUCCGUCCAGGUAUCUGGUCUUUGCGUGGCUUCACGGAUCCGUCCAUGGGGGGAUACUUGAAGCUGAGAGGCUUCUUUGGGGACCCGCUUGCCCCGUCUCCUGCGCCCCCCACAGGCUGUAAGAGGAAAUGCGGCGACCGGCGACGGGCGCCAGCCUCCCCGCUGCCCUGAGCGCGGGGUCCCCGGCCCCUUGUCAUCGCCAUGUGUGCGCGUACCCCACACCGCGUCCAUGUCUUCCCGUGUGUGUGCGCAAGUGAGAGGGAGCGCGCGAACCCCCCAGCCCCUCGACUGAGGCCUGAGCACCUCCCAAACAAGAAAGCGGGUUCUUGCCCGCACUUCCGCCACACCUCGCAGCCAGUCUUCCCUCCUGUUCUUCCUGCCUCCAGCCGCCCGCGCCAGAUUUCAGAAUCUCGGAGACAAAACUAGUACUGUAAGAUAAAUUUUUUUGUACUGUAUUUAUUGUGUAUAACGAUUUUUUAAAGGAGAAUUCUGUACAUUUAGAACUCUUGUAAAUUAAAAACCGAUUCUUUUUUAAAACUGUA